AUGGGGAUGCCCUGCCUGAAGGCGGUCUCCUCCCGAAACAGGACCUGCGCGGCCACGGCGCUCGGGCUCGCUCCUCUCCGCGUCCUGCUGGGCGGCUUCUUCGUGCUCACCGGGGCGGCCAAGCUCUCGGAGCAGAUCUCGGCCCCCGAGGCCGACCCCUUGAAAGCCCUGUUUGUGCAGUUUGCUGAGGUGUUCCCAUUGAAGGUGUUGGGCUACCUGCCAGGUCCCAUGAGCUUUCAAGAGGCUGUGGGCUGGCUGGAACUGCUGCCUGGGCUGCCUGUCCUGCGCCCACCGAUGCUGCAAGAGAUCAGGAACUUGCUUUUGACUCUGCUCAUGAUUGGGGCUGUCUUCAGUCUGGCAUCUCUGAAAGAGUCACUGAACACCCACACCCCAGCAAUCAUCUGCCUGGCGCUCCUGCUGCUCCUGGAUGUCUUCCAGCUCUGAGUCCAAACUAAGAAGGUGGUCAGACCCACUAGGAAGAAGACCAAGGAAUCCUGGGAAUAG